CAAAUCCUCCUGUACCUCCGUGACGUCACGGCGCUGCAGGCUUGGCCGGCGUGGUGCGCCUGCGUCGAGCACGUCACCGGCCGGACGUUGGGAAAGAAACCUCGAGAGAGAGCAGACACACCGGGGUUAUACCGAACGGCUGGCAGCUGUGAAGUUGGCAAGAGGAACUGGAAAAGUUGGAUAGGAUUAAAGACAAAAAAUGGGGACUCCUGGAUCUGGAAGGAAACGUACCCAAAUUAAAGACAGAUUUUCUGCUGAAGAUGAAGCCCUGAGUCAUAUUGCAAGAGAGGCAGAGGCAAGACUGGCUGCAAAACGUGCUGCCCGAGCUGAAGCAAGAGAUAUCCGGAUGCGAGAGCUGGAACGACAACAGAAAGAGGUACAGCUUCACACCCAACGCUACCAUGAUAGAAAAUGGGGACAUAUCCAAAAAUGGAUGGAGGAUUCUGACCGGGCCAGGUACUCUCACCGGUCCAGUCAUCGUCCAUAUCUGAAUCAUACCUACAACUCUUAUGGAAGCAAGAAUAAAUCCUCUUCUUCUCAUAAAGAAUUACUGAGUGGACUUUAUCACGAUCAGCGAAACUAUAGCAGUCUUAAAUAUAGCAAACCCACUUCCAGCUACCUCACUCGGUCCUCUUCUAUCUACAGCGAGCCCUCAGCCACUACUAGAAGCUACAGGACAUCACUCUAUGAGGAUGGCUUUUCUAAUUUGUACAGUUCUCGAACUCCCUCUGACUAUAGCUGCUAUUCAUCUAGAGCCAGCUCGACUAAAAGCAGUCCUGUGUGUACAGAUGAUGAGGGUUCUAUAUCCUCUUGUAGCGCUGGACGGGGGCGAAAGGAUAGUAGUGAAACUGCAGCUGAUUAUUUUAGUCGCUCCAAUCGUAGGGGAAGUAUAGUGUCUGAUGAUGUCAGCAUUGCUGAUCUCAACAGUCUUGAGGAGAAGAGUGACAAGCAGUACACUGAAGGUUAUUCUAGGCCAUCAUCUCGUAAUGCAGUUACUGCACAGCCAGGAACCUUUACUCCUCUCAGUGGAUCAUCGUCUCGAAGAGGAAGUGGAGAUGCGAAUAGUUUAUUGGAUCCAGAUGCUUCACUGAGUGAAUUAAGGGAUAUUUAUGAUCUUAAGGACCAGAUUCAAGAUGUAGAAGGGAGAUACAUGCAGGGACUAAAAGAACUAAAGGAUUCCUUAGCAGAAGUGGAGGACAAAUACAAGAAGGCUAUGGUAUCUAAUGCACAGCUUGAUAAUGAAAAAAGCAAUCUUGUGUACCACGUGGACACAUUAAAAGAUGUCAUUGAGGAAAUGGAGGAACAGAUGGCAGAAUAUCAUAGGGAAAAUGAAGACAAGUCAAAGGAUUUGGAAAGACAGAAACAUGCGUGCAGUAUUCUACAGCAUAAGUUAGAUGAACUUAAAGAAGGUAUUCGCCAAAGAGAUGAAUUAAUAGAGGAAAAUCAGCGUUUUCAGCAGAAAGUAGACUCUCUCACCAGGGAGGUGUAUGAUCUACAGGAGACAGUUAAUUGGAAAGAUAAAAAAAUUGGGGCUCUAGAGAGGCAGAAAGAGUACUUUGACUGCAUUAAAAAUGAACGGGACGAGCUCAGAGAUGAGCUGGCUGAUGUAAAAGAAAAAAUGAAGAUAGGAGAGAAACAUGGCUUAGUUAUUAUUCCAGAUGGUACCCCAAAUGGUGAUAUAAACCAUGAGCCAGUGGUCAGGGCAAUUACUGUUGUGACUCAAGAAGCUGCACAAGUGUUGGAAUCUGCAGGAGAAGGACCACUUGAUGUCAGGCUCCGGAAAUUAGCUGAAGAAAGGGAUGAGCUUGUGUCACAGAUCAGAAAAUUAAAGUUACAGCUAGAUGAGGAGCGACAAAAGAAUUCAAGAAAUGACACUACCAUGACUGAUUCAGCUGGAUUAGAGAAUGGGUCUGACCUGCAGUUUAUUGAAAUGCAGAGAGAUGCCAACAGACAAAUUAGUGAGUACAAGUUUAAGCUUUCAAAAGCAGAGCAAGAUCUAGCUACUAUAGAACAGAAUGUUCUUAGACUCGAAGGACAAGUAGCCAGAUAUAAAAAUUCAGCAGAAAAUGCAGAAAAAGUAGAAGAUGACCUAAAAGCAGAAAAACGAAAACUUCAAAGAGAGUUGCGAACUGCUUUGGACAAGAUGGAGGAGAUGGAAAUGACAAACAGUCACUUAGUGAAGAGAUUAGAGAAGAUGAAAGCCAACAGGACUGCUCUUCUGUCUCAGCAGUAAUGAGGAUGCCACACAGUAACAUAAUGCACUGCUCCACAAUACAAUGCGCCCCUCACCUGGUCUUACUAUAGAAGUUCUUAUUGGCACAGCUGGUGCACCCGCUGCAUGAGCAGUCCAAGGGUUGAGCAGCGACAAGUGACUUGUCGAUCUUUAAUUUAUAAGUGGAUGGAAAGACUGGUAUUAAUACUCUAAACCUUGGUGACUUCUCCUAUUCGACACUCUAAUUUGGGUAACUUUCUGAGCUGAGGCGCAACAAGCUGGAUUACUGUUUUUUUCAUAGGAUAUAUACUUCACUUUAUUAUAAUCAACUUUACUUACACUAAUUGUUUGCUGCUUACUUAUGCUGGUGAACAGAAACUACUGCAUGAAGAGGAUUCUCUACUACAUCCUGGUGACAAGUCCUAUCCAAUUAAGUAAUGAGAGUUGAUUGACUCACCUAACCCCUUCCCUGUUUAAGUUAGUCCUGGAUUCAUGGGGGAGCUCUGUUCUUGCCAAAAUAUGGAUAUUCUAGAAGAAAUAUUCUGCUGAUUUGUGUAAUUUUGGAGCGUGUUCUGCUGACAAGGACAGAUGCCCAGACCACAUCUUAAGUGUCUUGUGUUAUCACUUACAGAACUGUCUUUCAUCGGGGAGGGGGUUAACAAGCCAAGUGCCUUCCUCACUGUAAUUUCAACCUAAUUGCUGUUAAACUGUUCAAACUAUUAAACAGAAUUGCGCUAACAUUUAUACCUAGGAACCUUACAAUUUUUGGGGGGGUCAUUCAUUAAACUUUAUACAUUUUGAACAAAGAAUUCUUUUUGUAAAAAUAUUUUAAUUUGUACAAGAAUUGUAUAACAGAAGCUAGGGACUGUAUAUAAGUGUUUUAUUGCAUGGGUGAUGGCACUGCUGGUUUGAUAGUAUUUUAAUGAAAUGCAUUGGCUGACGUUAUGAAUCGGGCCCAUACACGAUGUCAGAUGUAUUUUGUUGUACAUUGUAAAUUAUAUAAUCUGUUGCUAGAGUGUGAGUGGCGUGCUUAGAUAAAGCAAAUUGCCAAGGGACCUAUUAAAUGGACACUUCAACGGUUA